UCUUCUAGCAAAUUCAUAACAACGGGUCUGUCUUCUAGCGUGUUGUUGGAGAACAUUAAAGAUAAAGGGAUGCCGUCCGCCUCUGCCAAAAUCGAGAAAGUUGCCUCUUUUGAGGCUGUAGAUCCUGUGAAACAGAUUGCCCAGAUGUUAGAAAAAAGAGUGAGAAAUCUGGAAAAGCGAAAGAUGAAACUUGACAAUUACCGUGCAGAUGUAGCCAAUGGGAAAGAACUGAAUGAAGAUCAAAAGAUUGCUGUUAGCAAAUAUGAUGAAGUGGUUAGUCUUUUAGACUUCACCAAGGAGCUGAUAAAGGGACUGAAUUCCAUUGUGAUUGAGAGCACUAGGCAGCAGAAGAAGCUUGCCAAAAAAGAACAACUGGAACGACAACAGCACGAAAUUCAACGACUUCAGGAAGCUUUUUUUUAUCGUCAUAUGCUGGCUCAAUUUCAAAAUGAAGAAGCUCGAAGUGAUUUUCUUAAUGGUGAAAAUGGAGCAGUGCAAUUAACAAGUGAACAGCUGUCGCAACUGGAUCAGUUCUAUAAGUUAAUAGGACCUGGUCUUCCGAAUGAACAAGCAGAUUUGAACAACUACUGUCAUACGUUAGCUGAAAAUCAUAUAUUCCUAGUCGAAGGACGGAAUAAGGAAAUAGCUGGAACUACAUACAAGGCAUUGAAAGAAAUAUUACAAAGUAUUAAUGAGUGUGGAUAUUUUUCCCGCCCAUCGGAACCAGUGGACGAUGAUGAAUCUUCGAGUGAUGAAACUCCUAUAGAAGAAGCUGCCAUUGAGAAAGAAGAACUAAAGCAAGAAGAAUUUCAGGGAGAGGAUGAUUCUGAAAACUUACCUGAUUCGUGCAAUGAACAGUUUGAGACUUCAGAUGAGGAAAAGAUUCCCAUGCUUUCUGUUGCAAUUCAAGAGGAUUCCCAUCACGAAAUACUGUCAAAUGCUCCGACCAAGCCACUGCAAGAAGUUCUCUCUCCUCAGGGUACUUUUAACUUCCUGCAAGAGUCUCAGAUAGACUUAGAUGCUCCCCAUAUGGAUCCAGCAGUUGUUGCAGUGCGCCAGAUUGCUCCUCCUCCUACCGUUAAUUUCAACUAUCCACCCUCUCCUCCUUGUGAAGAUGCCGGCACCGUUCUCGUGAAUGGCUCCGAACCACACGAACUCCCACCAACGUCACCGAGCCAGGUGCCUGUAAUUCCAGUUCGUACCGUUCCCGCCCCCAUUCUCAGCCAGAGCGAAUUCGACCCCUCCCAUCCGAUUCCGACCCAGACGUUCACCAAUCAGAGUUUUGCAGUCAUGCAGAACAUGAUGAUUCCUCCUGCUUAUGUGCCAGUGACUUUGCAUCAUACCGUUCCCAUUCCACCACACAUAGCGCCGAUAGCAGUCGUGCCUGGGCUGUCGCCACCUGCCACUACGGCAUCAGUCAUGCCACUUCAUGUCCCCAUUUCCACCACUCCAGACGAUGAAGGUGUGGAUCAAAAAGUUUCUGACAACGAAGAAAACCAGCUAUCUGCAGUCGAAGAAAAUGAUAGAACUGAUGACAACACAAAUGGUGUAGCACAUGAAAAGACCAACGGAACUAAUGGUUUUAUCCCUAACUAUCGUGGUGGCUAUCGUGGCAGAGGACGUGGUAGGGGUACUGGCUACUUUCGAGGAAGACCGAACUACAACAACAAUCGGGGAGGAUAUCAAAAUUAUUAUCAAGAUAGAAAUGGCUACAAUCCAAACUACCGCAGAGGUGGUAACAAUCGAGGUCCAAGGCCGAACGGCAACAAUCGGGGCCGCGGUAACUAUAACAACAGAACACAAGGAUCACAACAACAACAACAGCAGCAGCAGCAAACGCAACAGUAAAGACGAACAUCCUUACAUAAUGUAUCAUUCGACAUGUGAUUUCAUCUCGGACUUGGCAGUGGCAGUGGAAUCCUUUUUUUCUCAAUGGGAAUUGCUUUGAAUUUUUGCUAAAAAAAAUUUGAGAUGCAAGAUGUGGCCUUCUGAUGAGUCUCCACCUGGUAUCCUAAUCUCACUUCACCCCAGUCCAAUUCACUUCACUCCCGUGAAUCAGUGCUCGAGUUCACUCAGUAACAAAAACUCAUCUCCGUUGGCUCAGAAGGAAACUUGUAAACUGGUUUAACAGAUGGAAUUUCUUCUACGGACCUUCCGGGUGAAUGGAAGCUAUUAUUCUCUUGGAAGGAAGCUGUCAAACUGAUUCAGCAGAUGGGUCUCUUUCACAGACCUUCCAUGUGAAUGGAGGCUUCUACUCACUCAGAAGGAAAUUUACUAACUGGUUCACCGGGUAAAAUCUCUUCUAUAGAUCAUCCAAGUGAACGGAGGCUUCUACUCACUCAGAAGGAAACUGGUUCACCAGGUGAAAUCUCUUCUGCAGACCAUGUGAGUAAGGAGAGGCUAUUAUUCACUAGUAAGGACACUGGCAAACUGAUUGAGCCGGCAAAAUCUCUUCCAUGGACCUUCCAAGUGAACGAAGGCUGCUCUUCACAUGGGUGGGAGUUGGCUAACUGGUUCAACAAGUGGAAUCUCGUCUGUGGAUCUUCCUGGUGAAUAGGAGCUAUUCACUCAAAGAAGCUGGCGAAUUAGUUCACCAGGUGAAAUCCCCCCAUAAACCUUCAGAACGGAAGCUACCAUUCAUUCGGAAAAAAAGCUGGCGAACAGAUUCAGCUGGUGGAAUCUCUUCCAGAGAUCAUCUGAGGGAACGGAAGCUACUAUUCACUUAGAAGGAAACUAGCAAACUGGUUCAGUGGGUAGAAUCUCUUCUGCGGAUCAUCCGAGUGAACAGAGGCUACUAUUCACUCGAAAGGAAACUGGCAAAUUGUUACCCCUCUCUUCCAUGGAACUUCAAGUGGUCAGAGAUUGCUGUUUUGUAACCUAGUGAACUGAGGCAAGGAUUCACUCGGAGUGAAACCAGGUUAGGGCCCCUGUUCAAGACGCUUCCACCCAUCUGAUGCUGACACAGUAUUGUUCCGUGCCACGUGUACUUUGCCUCGUUAAUUCCGCAUUGGAGCCGGGACCAGCGAUACUGUGCAAAGCCCUUCAUUGGACACAGAAGUGUUGUAAAUCUUUGUCAUAUAUGUGAAUUUGUAUUAGUGCUUGUGGUGUGGACUUUCAAAAGGCUGCCAUUGUAACCCAUGUAUAUCAAAAUGUAGAAUUACGAAAUGUGAUAAUCAGCCCCACGCUUAUGUUGUUUAAUGGAUUACGUUCUGAAACUCGUUUUUUAGUGCUUUUAUCUCCCCCUUCCCCGUAAAGGCAAAAAAUGUAUUUUGUUCCUAAUUGCCUUCUCUAUUUUCAAUGUACAGAGACUGUGGGUGUAUCUGUGGUGCACUCCUUCAUUUCUACCGUUUGGAAAUUGUUAUUAAUGUAACUCCUAGACCGAUGCCAAAAAAAAGAGGUUAAAAACAAAAAUGUACCUGCGCAAUCUGCAUUUUCUUCUACUCUCUCACAAACCACCGUUUUGUAGUUAGUGAAUGCAUAUUCUGUCAGGUUGUUUGGGGUGAAAAAUUUUUUUGUAAAAAUCCAAAGAGGUUUGGAUAAAAUUAGUCCCUUAUUGAUAUCAGAGGCUUAAUGACUGAUGUUAAUAAAGUGU